AUGCGCAAGGAACUCCAAUCAGAGGAAGAGAAACUCGAGGGAUACCAGGCUCUAUGCCGUGGGGUCUGUGUACCUCCAAGCCACUCCGUAUCAGAAUGCAAGAAGCAUUUGAAGAACACGCUUGUCAACAUCGUGGACCUGAUCGAUGCGCAACGGAGGUGCAAGGAGGUCAAGGUGUGGCAUGAUUUUGAAGCGACUAAGCCGACCCAACGAAGCGAGGCUUCCGGACUCGCUCAAACUCAAUCGUUGAUGGAGAUAACAACCACUCUCCGCGCCAUAUCCAACGUCAUCGGAGACUCUCAGUCGCUCAUGGGCAUUCUUUGCGGUUUCUUCAUCGUAACGAUACUCGUCGAUAGCGAGACUGGGCUGGACUUGAAGCGGUGGGAGGCUGCGCGAAGUGGUCUUACCGGCUAA